ACUAACUCCAAAAUGCAACAAUCCAGAAACAUUUCAUCACCCUCUCAUUCCUACUCUCAUCCUCUACACUCAAAGUUCAAAAUCAUAUCCUUCCUAAGUUGAAAAAAAUGAAAGCAUCACAAAUUGCUAUUUGCACUUUCUUAGUGCUGCUUUUGAUCAAUGUUCAAGUGUCAAUGGCAGUAACAUGCAGUCCAGUGCAGCUCAGCUCAUGUGUGAGUGCAAUCACAUCUUCAACUCCUCCAUCUAACCUAUGCUGCUCCAAAAUCAAAGAACAAAGACCUUGCCUUUGCCAAUACAUGAAGAAUCCCAAUCUUAGGAAGUUUGUUAACACUCCUAAUGCCAGGAAAGUUGCUAACACUUGUGGAACUCCUUUUCCUAGGUGUUGAGUGUUAAGUUAAACCUAGAAGGGCUUUCAAUAUGCAUAUGUGUCCAUCGAGACUAUAAAAAUAAUAUCAUAUUAUGUGUGGUUUGGUAAUGUCUAUCUGUUUUAAAUAGUGACAAAAGCUAUCUAGCAAAGACACUUUAGAUUGAAGGUGUGUCUCGUGUCUGACACGUUAUGGGGUCUAAUAUCGACACACACUGACAAAUGUAGUUACCAUUGGUGUCUACAUACAUGUCAGUCCUGUGUCAAUGUUUGAGUAUAUUUUAGUGCAUCAGCAUACACUGACAAAUAUAGUUACCAUUGGUGUCUACGUGUUAGUGUUGUGUCAAUGUUUGAGUAUGUAUUAGUACUUUCUAAAGUCAAAGUAUAAGUCUUAUUGAAUGUGAUGCUUUGGUUUCAUGUCAUUCCUUUCGGUU